CGCUGGCUUGUAGGCUGAUAAUUAAGGGAGCAGAUUGAAGUAGUCAAAUAAUUGGCCUGGUGUGAUGUGCGUGGCUCUCUGGGCCUAAAACUGUGGUCUAACGGUAUCAGGUAGCAGCCUCGGGCAUUGGUUAAGGACUGUCGUGUAGCUUGAGAAAAAGUGUUUAGCGUUUAUGCAAAUUGUGUUAUAAAACAUUCAGUGAAAAGUUCUCAGUGAAAUUACCACCUUGAGCAACCGAAAUGUGCCCAUCGCAAUAGGCUAUGUUUCCCUCUAUGUGUACUGCACAAUAGCAGCACAGCAGGAAGAGCAGGAACGAACAUAAGAAGGGAGGUGAACGCACAUACCGUGCGCUCUAAAGUGGACACAAGGCGCCAGGAUCGCCGCGAGACGCCUAUAGAGUGUGUGUACAAGAAAAGAGGAAAAUGGGUCAAGCUGCGAGCCAGGAGGAUGCAGAACAGGAUGGACAGCCAGCGGAGGCAGAGGACGAAGACGACGGAGGAAUCAUCCCGAUGCGCUCCGACCGCUUUCUCGUGACUGAUAGUGAUAUUGCUUGCGAGGAGGCAGCACGUUUAACGGCGGAGCAGCAGGAGGAUCCGUCGCCAGAAGAUGAUGAAGCAGCAUGCGAAUAUCAUGAUAUGCCACCGCCUCCCGACGGCGGGUAUGGCUGGGUUAUCGUGUUCGCAUCCUUUAUGUGCAACAUGAUCGUCGAUGGUAUCGCGUACACGUUCGGUGUAUUUCUGAACGAGUUCGUAGUGUAUUUUGGAGAAGGCAAGGGUACAGUGGCAUGGGUUGGUAGCUUACUGAGUGGUAUGUACCUGAGCGCGGGUCCCGUAGUAUCUGCACUAGCGAAUAAAUUCGGUUGCCGUGCGGUGUGUAUAGCUGGAAGUAUCAUAUCGGCCUCCGCGUUUGCUCUCAGUACACUUAGUACCUCGGUAACGAUGCUAAUGCUCACAUAUGGUGUGAUGGGAGGCAUUGGGUUCGGAUUAAUCUAUCUGCCUGCGGUUGUUGCCGUCGGAUACUACUUCGAAACUAAGCGUUCAUUGGCCACCGGUAUUGCAGUGUGUGGUUCUGGGUUUGGUACAUUCGCCUUUGCACCACUAGCAAAUAUGCUACUAGCAAACUUUGACUGGAAAAACUCAAACCUCAUCUUGGCCGGGCUGAUUCUGAAUUGUGCCAUCUUUGGCGCCAUGAUGCGCCCACUGACCUACCCGAAAGAGGAUAAGGUAAAACCCUUGAUGCAGCGCAUGUACGAAGAGAAACGCCUUCAAAUGGAGCGGGGAUCGAUUGGUGGAUCCUACUUCAUGGUACAGCUGCCCGAUGGUACGAUGGAGAAAAGACUGAAAGCCCCCCUAAACGCGGAUCCGGGUGUACACUCGAGCCUGGCCCUGGAUCAGCUCGCACAACAGGGCGGUAUGCACCCCGUGGCCACGUUACCAACUAUCUCGGAAUUCAAAACACCGGAACAGAACGGAAGUAGCGGAUCAUCGUCAGAAUCGAGCCAGAUAGAAAUGAAGAAACCAUUGAACAAAAAACGUAACACCAACUCCGAAUCGGAUGCGACCGAAUAUGGGACUGACAAUAUGCCUCGCAAUGCCUCGCAGCCUGCCUUUACUAGCCAUCAAUCAGGUAUCCCUAAGAAUGGAUCCGUGCCGACCUUCGAUCGCGUUCGGAAACAUUCCACCGGCGAACGGUUUAAACCAUCUCUGGCCGCCAUAAAAGCGAGCUCGCGAGGUGAUGUCGGUAGCAAUGGUGAUGUACGUAAAUCUGCAACACAGCUCAGAAACUCACGAGGCUCUGUGAAUGGCAGCAAGAAUAAUAAUGCUGAGGAAUUUGAUGAUGCUAGCAUGUUUACCUCGAAAGCUUCUCUGAAAGCGGACCGGUCAAUAAUGGUGCGACCGCUUUCUCGUAAGGAUAUCUUCUAUUCUGGAUCCGUUACUAAUCUGAAAGAAUACCAGAGUCAGAAAUCACUCACCAACUACCGCAACUCUGUUGUUUCACUCACCAAAUUCGAGAAGGAACAUCGUAAUGAUGUGCGGGAUGAUGUGGAGAAAGGCCGAGAAGAGCAAUACGAUCUGUGCCCAUGUCUGGCUUUACCGGACUCGUUCAAGAACGCCAUUGCUGCCAUGAUGGAUGUCAGUUUGCUACGCGAUCCAGUCUUUAUGAUGAUCGGUGUUUCGAACAUAUUCGGUAUGGCUGGCCUAUAUGUCCCGUUUGUUUAUCUAGUCGAUGCUGCCGUCCUUGAUGGAAUUGAUCAAAAUUCUGCCUCAUUCCUAAUCUCGAUCAUCGGUAUCACGAACACCGUCGGAAGGAUCGUGUGUGGUUACGUAGCUGAUUUCCCUAAGGUGGACGCAUUGUUCCUCAACAAUAUCUGCCUCGUGAUAUCCACGAUAGCAGUUGCGUUGACACCAUUCUGUAGUAGCUAUGCUUCAUACGUGGUAAUGGCCAUCGCAUUCGGUAUUGCAAUUGCUGGCUACAUCUCACUGACGUCAAUUAUUCUCGUGGAUCUACUUGGUUUGGACAAAUUGACGAAUGCCUUUGGAUUGCUGAUUUUAUUCCGCGGUGCAGCCACGAUCGUUGGCUCACCUCUGGCGGGUGCCCUGUACGACGCAACUCAGUCGUAUUCGAUACCGUUCUUUGUCGCAGGAGGUCUAUUUGCACUAUCGGCAAUUACUAGCUUCGCCGCACCAGCUAUGCAGAGAUUCCGUAAGCAAACGCACGCUCCGGUACAUGUCGAGGUGCUAACUCCCAUCGACGAAGAACCCUCGGAGGAUCUGGCCGAUGAUGACCAACCGAUUACGAUGGUUCCAAAGAUCAUUCAAACUGCCCCGAGCCCGUCCACUGAACAACCCGUUACGUCCAACAUUACAUCCACCUCCACGAUCAGUAACGAUGAUCGGAAGCACGCCAACGGCGGCAGUGUUAAGGAUAUGAAUAAGGAAGUUAGCCAAAUGGAGUCGGUAGUAUAACGAUGCCACAAGGCUAGUUAUGUGCACAGAUUAGCGAAUGAUGCAGCCGCCAGCCACGUGUCUCUACGAAGUCCAUUAGUAGGCAAGCAGCUGGUCAUAGAAAUGCGAUCGCUUAAACCUUCCUUUUCUUCAUCUGCGUCAUGAUGUUCUUUUGCUUAGUGUUAGCUAUUAGGAUAGUGUGGUGGAGCUGCGUUCUGAAUACGGAAGAGGGAUGAUUUACGGGAACAAAGGAGCGACAAAGGUUUCGGCUUCUUGUCUGUUUUAGGCAUGGAGCAUGGUGUAGAUGUGCAAAUUAAUCAGUUGUAUCGCUCCAAGUAAUUUUCAUUUCAAGUCAAUGUCAUUAGCUCUUAGAUUUACAGCACCAAACAUCUCUUAACGAGAAAAUUGUUUUAAUUAUGUUAUUUUUAAUUGAAACAAUUUAGCUAUCACGAAACGUCGGCGACGAUACGAGAACGAACAAAUUGGCCAAGUAAUGAAGUAAAUGAAGCAAAAACAGAAUUAUUUGAAUGCCACAUGGUGUAUAGACAGUCGACAGAAUGGUUACAAUAAUGAAAUGUGUCAUAGUAAGAUAUAGGUAGGGGGUGGGAUAGCGAGUGCUGAAAUUAUCCAUCUGAUUGGGAUGCUGCUGCUGUUACUGCUAGCUUGAUGGAUCCUAAAAUUCAGAUAAAAUAUUGAUGGCCAUGUUACUAUUUUACUUUAUGCCUCGUUUUUGUUACUAUAGUUUUAACCACUGUAUGCUCUAUACCAGAGAGCUUUUCCCUGAGAUGUAUCCUUUAGACCAGUGCACAGUCCUUUCUCUCAGUAUAUCUAUAAAGCAUGUUGUUUAAAAAUUCUUCUAAUUUUGUUGCUACUAAAAAAGUUUGCACCACAAACAUUGGUCUUACAUGAUGCCUAGAAAGUCACAGUAAAGCACCGAAAUGGGCUGGGGUAGUGAGAAAAAAAUAGUGCUACUCGUGAUCGUUUUGAACUCCUUUCUAGUGUAAUCCUUCGAAGUAAUAGUUCUGUAGCAGAACAUACCAAACCAAGAAAGCUCAGUUCCGCUAGCUAUCCAAUAGUGGGUACUAAAAACAAGAUUGUUAUAACAAAUGAGAAAACCGAAGCGAGGAACAGUAUGAAAUCGUGCGAUCGAUGACGAUCAAAUAAAAAGAAAGGAUGCAAAGCAAACAAAGAACACACAAAACACAUAAUUAGUAAUGAUGUAAGCUGUGUAAUAAAAUGGAAAACAAUUGAGUAUUAACUUCUUA